AUGGCGGUGCCGUGGUCCAGCCCACAUGGCCAUGGCGGUGACACCCUCCCCAGGCAUGGUGGCGGAUCCAUGGCGGCGGCCUCCCCAUGUUGGAUCUCGUGCGACGACGGCCACUCCGGUGGCAUCGACUUCUCCCGAAGAGGUGAGGGCCGUGAGCAGAUCCAGUCGAUGGUGGCGAUGGCACCUUCCUCCCCGGGCGAACGGGUAUCCGACCACUCUCCAAUUAGCGUAUCCAUCUAUACGCCAUACCUGGAGGCCAUCAUGAAAACGAUCGUGAAGCUGGACUUUCAGUAG